CUAUUCACCUUGGACGACCUUCACAAUGUACGGCCAUCUUGAGUCAUCAAAAGAAAACAUUGCACAAAUUCACAAUAAUCUAGAAAAGGGGGUCUGUUCCAAUCGUGCAGAACAGCAUUAAUUAAUAUCAGAGAGCAGCAAGAUCACGUUAAAAUGUCAGAGUUCUCGAUGGCCAGCCAAGAUGAGGUUGUAAGACAUUUUCCUCCAGGACCGUUGGACAUUUAUCGUAAACACGCUUCUUUCGACUGGUUUCAAAUGAAAAUCUUUGUGGAUGGGGGAGAAGAUGUGGUCAGAUUUCAAUACAAUAUGUGGAAAACCAUGGAGAAAGACCCACUAUUUGACCGUACAAACGAUUGGAAAUUGAGUAUGGACGAACGCCGGCGUGUAACAAUGGAGCGAUGCAAGAGAAUUUCAGAGUACAAUUUUUUGACGGACAAUGAUGUUAUGGCAAGACCACUCUUGGUUCAGGUAUUUGGUGACGCCUUAGGAAUGUAUGACUGGAGUUUGUCAACAAAAGUUACGUUAAAUGUUUCGAUGUUUGCUCGUCAAGUUAAAACAUCAAGCACACAUGAACACAUCCAAGAACUUGGAGAUAAAGCUACAAGGUUUGAAGUCUUUGGUUGUUUUGCUUUGACUGAGUUAACACAUGGAAGCAACACUAAGGGUGUUCAAACUACAGCUACUUACGAUCCAUCAUCACAGGAGUUUGUGAUCCAUACACCAAACUAUGAAGCUACAAAGUGUUGGGUUGGCAACUUGGGAAGAACUGCUACUCAUGCCAUAGUAUAUGCACAACUUUACACACCUGAUGGGGUCUGCCAUGGACUCCACUCAUUUGUUAUUCAAGUACGAAGCACCACAGAUCUCUUACCAAUGCCUGGGGUGACUGUGGGAGAUCUUGGAGAGAAACUGGGUCAAAAUGGAUUAGAUAAUGGGUUUGUGUCUUUUAACCAUGUUCGUAUUCCACGGGAACACUUGCUGAACAGAACAGCUGAUGUGACACCUGCAGGGAAGUAUGUUACACCGUUUAAAGACCCAAACAAAAGAUUUGGUGCUGCACUGGGUGCUUUGUCUGGUGGACGAGUUGGGAUAACAAGUAUGGCUGUAAUCAAUUUGCGGUUGUGUAUGCCUAUUGCUAUAAGGUACUCUGCUGUUCGAAAACAGUUUGGCCCACCUGGAAAGGAUGAAAUUCCUGUAUUAGAAUAUCAAAUGCAGCAAUGGAGACUGAUUCCCAAGUUAGCAGCAACAUAUGCUCUAGCUUAUUUUGCAAGGACCUUCUUUAUGAAUUUUGUUGAGCUACAAGUUGGCAUGAUGAUGGGAGAAUCAGGUGAAGUACAAGCUGCUUUGGGACGCGAGAUCCAUGCCCUGUCAUCAGCCAGCAAACCUCUGGCUGGUUGGGUUGCACAAAGCACUAUUCAGGAAUGCCGUGAGGCCUGUGGUGGUCAUGGUUACCUUGCAAUCAACAGGUUUGGUGAAUUAAGGGAUGAUAAUGAUCCCAACUGCACUUACGAAGGAGAUAAUAACAUGCUUCUAUGGCAAACUAGUAGUUAUCUCUUGUCCCAACUGGAAGCUAAACAGAAAGGUUCCCAUAUUUCCAGUCCUCUUCACACAUCUGACUUCAUAAAUGACAUGGAACAGAUCAUGACACAAAAAUUUGAUGCAAGUACAGAGCAAGAAUGUAGGAAUCCUGAUUUUCUAGUUGGAGCAUACCAAUGGCUUGUUUGUUACUUGCUAAAAGAGAGUGCUCACAAGUUCCAGAAAGAGCUGGCAGGUGGAAAGGACUCUUUUGCAGCCAAGAAUGACAGCCAAGUAUUUUUUUGUAGAUCAUUGGCACUUGCUUUCAUUGAGUGUACAAUUUUGAAGAGAUUCAAAGAAGCAAUUUUCAAUGAGGAUGAAACUCCACAAGCACUUAAACCAGUUCUUCUCAAACUUUGUUCAUUGUAUGGUGUGUCCUCUUUAGAGACGCAUCUCACCACUCUAUACCAAGGUGGCUUCUGUUGCUCAGUGAAUGAUGCCAGAAUUGUAAGAGCAGCCAUUCUUACUCUUUGUUGUGAGUUGAAGAACGAAGCUGUAGCUCUUGUGGAUGCCUUAGCCCCACCGGAUUUUAUUCUUAACUCGCCCAUUGGUCACAGUAAUGGAAAGGCUCAUGAAAACUUACAUGCUGCGAUUAUGCAAAAGCCAGAGAACAAGGAAAGAAUUUCCUGGUGGAAGGAGUGUCGUCAACUUCCGAGUAUCAGAAAUCGUAGUAAGUUGUGAUAGAGAACGCCGCCGGAAACGUUUGCUCACGGAUUUUCUUCAGUUUUCUUCGCUUCUCUUCGGUUUUCUUCUGUUGACAAGAGAAAGUUAAUGUCUUGUACUUGGCUCAUUGGCAGCUUGACUGGAUACAUAUUGAUUGUCCAAUGAGGUUUGAGAACAGGGUGGAAAACAAGGAAGUUGCUCCUGGAAGGAUAAAGUCACGAGAAAUGACAUGGUGAUUGCUUCUGAGAAAGAGUUCAAUAGUGAUUGACAGCUUGUUAAAAGUUGCGCUUCUUACGAGAACAGUAUGGGUUAAAACCUUUUAAAGCCGUCGUUGUUGUGUUUUGAACGCCCUUUCUAAAUUUGUAAAAUUAGAAGACUAUUUAUGAUAUUACCGGUACAUCCGAAAACGUUUCCCAUUCAUAGGUUAAAUAUUUACUCAACUAAAGAAAUAAAUCGAAAAAUAACAUCA